CUUCUCGGACAUCUUCUCCUUCCGGCUCUUGAACUCGGCUCUCUCCAGGUUGUCCUGGCAACGGGCCCGCCGCUCCUCCAGCCGGUCAAUCUGCGGAGUUCACAGGGACCAAAUAUUUGCACAUCAGGUUCAUCUGCUGGAGCACAAGUUGAGGAGUAAAGAGGAGCGAAUACUUGAACUGGAGACGGAGAAUGCUAUCCUUCAUUUAAGACUCGCUGAGAGUUUGGGGAAACUGCGUCGGGACCAUGAAGAGGACGCUAAAUCUGAGACCCAUCGUCAGCUCCAGUCCAACACAGAGAAAAUAACUCAGUCGGCUCUUGUCAAGCUGCUUUCUAACGUCCAGGCUGUGAAGCAGGACCUCAGUGAGCUGUUUGCCGUGUACGCCAGCUUUGCCUCGGAGCUGGAGGAGCAGAGCAAGCAGCUCCUGGAGAAAGUAGAACAAGCCAGCUCCUGUCUGAAUGGUCACCGUGGAGAUGAGUUUCAGAAUUUGCAGGAUCGUGCUGCAGCCCUGGAGCGCUCUCUGGAGGAAGAAAAGGAGAGGUGCAGAUCAGAGAGGCAGAAGAGGAAAGAGCUUCACAACGCGCUGGUGGAGCUGAGAGGGAACAUCAGGGUUCACUGCAGGGUUCGUCCAGUUCUGGCCUUCGACCACGUCCAGACCUCUGGAUCAGGACCUGCAUCAUCAGAGGAAGUAAUCAGUGCAAUCAGUGAUGACACGGUGAUGGUGAACUGCUUGAAGACGGGGAUGCCAGUGCAGAAUAAGUUGUUUGAGUUUGAGAGGGUGCAUGGACCAGACGAUUCACAGAAUGCUGUGUUUGAGGAAGUCAAGUCGCUCCUCACUUCACUGCUGGAUGGCUAUAAUGUUUGCAUCAUGGCUUACGGGCAGACAGGCAGCGGAAAAACUCACACCAUGAUGGGAUCCCAGCCGCUGGAGGAGCACUCAGGCAUGCAGCAGGAAGUACAGCAGGGAAUCAUCCCCAAGGCUGCUGCUGAGCUCUUCCGGCUGAUCUCUGAGAAGCCAGGCCAGAGUCACGCGGUGGAGGUGUCGGUGAUGGAGGUGUACAACAACGAGGUGUUCGACCUGCUGGCCAGAGACGAGCACGGAAACGCCGUGGGCCAGCGCCGGGACAUCAUCACCACGUCCUCCGGCAGCAGCCAGGUCACCGGCCUGACGUAUGAGCCUGUGUGUAACGCCUCGGAGGUGAUGCAGAUCAUCAGCAGCGUCCUGAAGCUCAGAGCUCACUGUCCCACCCUCGUCCACACCGACUCGUCUCGCUCUCACCUCAUUGUCACCCUCACCAUUUCCUCCAAGAGCCCCAACGCCCUGGCCCUGGCCCGCAGGCUUCAGAGUGCCAAGAUGGACAUGCAGCGCUCCUCCCACAAGGAGUGGUGGAGUCCACGCUGUCGCCGUGCCAACCCAGCCGCCCGCCAGCCAUCUUAUGAACUCUUUGCAAGCCCCGCCUCCUCUCCAUGCCCCUCCCCCUCCCUUUCCCCAUGCCCCUCCCCCAGACACAGCAUCUCUCAGACCGAGUUCAGGACCAAGCUGCAGCUGGUGGACCUGGCCGGCAGCGAGUGUGUCGGAAUGUCGGGGAUUUCGGGAGCAGCUCUCUGGGAGGUGUCGUGUAUAAAUCGCAGCCUCUCAGCUCUGUCUGAUGUCCUGGGAUCUCUGGCCGAACAGAGGCCUCACGUCCCCUACAGGAACAGCAAACUCACACAUCUGCUACAGGACACCAUAGGUGGCGAUGCCAAGCUGCUGGUGAUGCUGUGUGUCUCGCCGACGCAGCGCUUCAUCACAGAGUCCCUGCAGUCUCUGGGUUUUGGAACUCGGGCCCGGCAGGUCCAGAAGACGCCGCCUCGGAGGAAAAACCACACCCUGAAAGUGAAGUAACGGGGCAGAGAGGCAUUUAAGCAGAGCGUAGGUACCUGAACAAAACUGAUCUGAAGUAGGGUUUGAGAAAAAGAAAGAAGGCUGAGAGGAACUGAUGGUAGAAUUAUCAGAGCUGCAUAUAUUAGAUUGUAUCUGUGGACCUUUGAAGAGACUGACACGUCCAAGUUCACAGCCGUAAACGGUGUAAUACUACAAUUAUUGGAUGUCUUUUCUGAUCUAGUGGGUUUUGUUCAAGUACAAGUCAAGUUAAAACCCCUUCAAGGUAUUUUUUCUGGUUCAGAACGGACCUUUGAGGGGGGGGUGACCAAGCAGGAUGAUGAGUGUAAUCGCUCAGUAAUGUCAAUGGAUCUGCGUUAUGGAGGCGUUUCUACCUUAUUUUUGACCAUCUGAUACAGAAAAAAAUCUGUUAUGCUUUGGAAACCUCACCUAACAAAACUGGUUAAAAAAUAUUGGAUAUAAUCUUAGAUCUUAUCAUUUUGGUGCAGAAGAUUGUCCAAAAAAAUCUUUUUAGCAGCUAUAUUCAACUUGAAGUUAGUCACUUCUGACCAUUUCUAUCUAUUUUGAAGUAGAUCUUGAUAGAACUACUGUUUUCUGUAUUGCAAGUUGUUUUUUUCUACAAGUCUAACAGGGAAUGAUGGUAAUUUUCCACAGCAAGUCUACAUCAACUGUACAUUUGUUUUAUAAAAUACUGUAUUUAGCAUAACGUCCACCGGUAGCAUUCAUUUAGAUCUACCCCAGUGUUAACUGUAUGUCGUGCUAAUAGUGAACAGAACUGUGCUGUUUAAUGCAGAAGCUUUUGAACUACGGUCGUCUUCAUGUAUUCUGCUGUGAAUCCAUUCCCAGUCUGACCUGCCCCUGCUUUGCCUUCUCUCUCUCUUUUUUUAGCAUUACUGGGUGCAGCUAUGUUUAUACAGUAUUUGUAUAUAUUUAACUUACUUCUUUUUCUUUUUUUCCAUUUUUUUUGGUAACGCAUGACAGAUCUUUUGAAAUACAAAACAAUGUCAAAAAAAUGUGAAAAUAAACAGAUAUGCGCGUG